AUGGCGCCAGAUAUGUCUAUCUUACAAGUAAUUCUGUUAAGUAUCUGCAUUUUCGGAUUCUAUUUAGCUUGGUAUUACUUUACGUCUCCUUUAAAAAGCGUCCCCGGCCCAUUCCUAGCAAAAUUCACAAAUCUCUGGCGCCUGAUAGAUGUAUACGGUGGCCGACCGGAACUCACCCACCAAACUCUCCAUCAAAGAUAUGGGCAAGCUGUACGAAUUGGACCAAAUGUUGUCAGUCUUUCUGAUCCAAAGCUCAUUUCUAAGAUAUACAGUCUAAAGGGAGACUUUCUGAAGAGCGACUUUUACACCGUUAAUGAUACCAAAGUGGGAAAAGCAAUUAUCAAAAAUGCUUUUAGCACCCAAAGCAAUGAAGCCCAUGCCCAAAUGCUUCGACCCAUCCAAAAAUUCUACAAUAUGGGUAAUGUAUUGAGCUUAGAGAAGAGUGUAGAUGACACCAUCAUAGCCUUCUUCAAACGACUAAAUGAACUCUUUGUGGAUGGCUCCAAUGCUGGAACCGUCUGCAAGAUGGAGGAUUGGAUGAUGUAUUACUCAUGGGAUUUCAUCUCUCAAAUAACUUUCAGUAGACCAAUGCGCUUCAUGGAAACAGCUUCUGAUCAUACGGGUUUCAUUCACAUCUCCGAACAAGCCCUGGAUUACUUUGGAGUUAUUGGUCAGAUUCCCGCUUUGGAUCACUGGUUGGGAAAAAAUCCCAUCACACCUAUCGGGCCUCCCACUUUUGAUAAAGCCGCAAUAUGGUGUGCGCAGCAAUCAAUAGCACGCCAACAAGGUAUGGAUGAAAAAUCUACCGAUAGGAAAGAUAUGCUGGACAGCUUUAUCGAUGUUAAAAAGACCAACCCAGAGUUGAUGGAUGAUAAUGCCAUUGUGGGUUCUCUCCUCCUCAACGUGUUAGCCGGUGCCGACACAAGCGCAAUUGUGUUGAGGUCAAUCAUCUAUUUCACAAUCAAGAAUCCUCGAGUGCACCAGAAACUCAUUCGAGAGCUCGAUUCCGCAAAUUUGUCUGUUCCAGUAGCCUACAAGGAGGCCAUCAAGCUUCCAUAUCUCGAAGCUGUCAUCAGAGAGGCUAGUCGUGUUCAUGCAGGCGUUGGUCUUUUGCUCGAGCGUAUUGUUCCUGCCACUGGUCUUACUCUCUCCGAUGGAACUUUCUUACCUCCCGGAACAAUCGUUGGCAUAAACCCCUGGGUAACUAACCAAAACAAAAAGGUAUACGGUGAAGAUGCAAGCUCUUUUGUUCCAGAGCGAUGGCUUCGAUAUGAAGAUCUAGAAACAGAAACAGAGUAUCAGUCUCGUCUUUCUAUGAUGAAACAAACAGAUCUGAGCUUUGGGGCUGGCAAUCGUAUUUGUCUUGGAAAAAACAUCAGCACGCUUUCAAUAUAUAAGCUUAUAGCUAGUCUAUUUUUGACAUACAAUAUUUAUCUUGUAGACCCUGAGAAAGAAUGGCAAGUACAAAACUCUUGGUUUGUCAGGCAAACAGGUAUAGAUGUAAGGAUAGAGAGGAGAAAAUCCGUCCCUCUUUAG